AUGAAGACUACUGCUGCUCUCACCGGCGUCCUCUCGCUCCUCACCCUCCUUCCAAAUAUCGCGCUCGCUACUGUCGAUGUCUCGCCUGCCGAACUCGCCAAGCGCGCCAUUUGGUCCUCCUGCGCCACCUGGGGCUCGAGCGUCCAAGGAGGUUAUACUGCGUAUCAGAAUCUCUGGGGUGCUAGCGCCGGAACUGGGUCCCAAUGCAUGGAACUGACCUCUGUGUCUGGAACCACGUUUGCUUGGAAGACAAACUGGUCAUGGUCUGGUGGAAGUUAUAAUGUCAAGUCCUACGAUAACAUUGCGUACAACAUUGCAACGGGCAUCAAAGUCAGCACUAUCUCGUCCAUUCCGACUUCCUGGACUUGGUCGCAGACUGGCACAAACCCGGUCAAUAAUGUUUCGUACGACUUGAUGACGACGGCAACCAGCGAUGUCAAUGGCUCCCACACCUACGAAAUUAUGAUCUGGCUCGCUGCUUUCGGAGGUGCAGGGCCCAUCAGCAGCUCUGGCUCACCCGUCUCCACUCCGACUGUCGCCGGCCGCUCCUGGAAGUUGUACGAUGGGUAUAAUGGUAGCAUGCGUGUCUUCUCGUUUGUUGCUACUUCUACCAUCACGUCCUUCUCUGCCGACCUGAUGGAUUUCCUCAAGUAUCUUGCUACCAAUAAUGGCUUCAAUACUGGCCACUACCUCACGGUCCUCCAAGCUGGAACCGAACCGUUCACUGGAUCCAACGUCGUCCUCACGACCUCUUCGUACACCGUCACCUUGAGGACUGGAGCCACUGCGUCGUCCAGCAGCAGCUCUCGCUCCACGUCGAGAGCGUCGAGCACUUCGAGCGCUCCUUCUGGUGGCGCCACCUCUCCAGUUUAUGGUCAAUGCGGAGGUCAAGGAUACACGGGGCCCACGGUCUGUGCCGCUGGCUCGACGUGCAAGUUUUCGAACACAUGGUACUCGCAAUGUUUGCCAAACUAG